AUGGCUGAUACCUGUCUUCAUUCUUACUGUUUGGUCACUGCGUUUUGCGCCUUUGUCGUCACCCAAACUGGAUUUGCUGUGGAACAAACAUCUCGCCAUCAUGACACAUUGUUUUCGGAAGAUCAUCGCAACUCAUUGGUUGAAGAGGCCACCGAAGCUCGAAAGCACCUCGACCCUUUCACGGAUCCUGUACGACAAAACAUUAUCAUCGCCUUCCUUCUCUAUGGCUGCCAUAUUGGUUUAGGAAAUCAACGACAUGCUUAUUACUUCCUCCGCGAGGCUACAACGCUUUAUACUGCCAGUGCGCUUGAGAGCCAAGCCACCUCAGCGCAAGCAGACGACGCUGAUCCCUCCUUGGAAGCCAAAUUAUUUUGGUUAUUAGUAGUUUCAGAAAGACCAAUUACUCUCCAGGUCACACCACAAAGCCCCCAGUUGGAAGAUGAUCCUCAUCCGGAGGCAUCGGCCGUUGGGUUUCGCUGUUUGACCGAUCUCUAUCGCCCAUUUGAUGAAGGGUUUCUGGGUCAUUGGAAUGGCACUCAUACAACGUGCUCGAUCGAAUCCCUUGUUGUCCUCGAGGAACGCAUCCAAAACGCAGUGCCUGCAGAUCUUGAUUUGCCAGAUGUAAUCAUGGCUGAUCUGAGAGUAUCUCAGCAAUGGCUACGAAUUAUGAUAUGGCAAUUAUCUACUAUUGCUGGGUUCUUGUCGACCAAUCCUUCUCAUGAAUGCAUGGAUUUCCGCUACCCGUUGCUUAUUGCUCAAGACCUCUGCCUCGCAACAUGGAAAUUGUCCCGGCAGAGUAUGGAAACUCACGGGAUUGGUCUGAUCGAGAAGAUAUUUGAGGUCGCGUGUACCUUGAUCGACGUGAUGGCAUGCCUGUCGGCGGCUGGGCUUCGUUCGUCGGGAUUCAAGCUUGGCCCACAAGACUAUCUCAAACAUUUCUCUUCUCUCAUUCAUGACUUACCAGGAGGCCGGCGAAGACUUCUUCCUCUUCUGUUUACGAAGAUAGGCCAAACCUUGCCUUCGAUGGUAGAGCCCAUUACCAUUCAUUUAAAUCUUCAACCUCACCCAGUUCUGAGCUCAACAGCCAAUAUCCAAGCUACGUCCAUGAUGCCUGAAAGCGAAACCGCCAUUGAAUCCUCAGAUGCGAUUGUCACUGAUCCUAUCUCGGAUGAUUGGACGUAUGGAAAUUUCAACUAUGCGGAGAUGAGUCGCAUUGGUGAUAAGACACCAGAAAUUGAUGAGGCAUUCCUUCAAUACUCGACUUAUUUUCCUUGA